AUGGAAGAAGCUGGUGAAAAGGAAAGAGAAUUGGCUAUAGCAGAAGGGCAACUAGAUUCUGAUGGCAUACCAUGGACUACUGUGUAUUGUGACGGAGGCUGGAGUCGCAGAUCUUAUGGACAUAGUUAUAAUGCAUCAUCUGGCGUUUUUAUAGCAGAUGGAGAGUCUAGUGUAUAUGCUAAAAUUCGUGAAGAGGUUCCCUAUGGACAGUAUGUAACCAAAAUAGAAUGCUGCAACCAUGCGAUUAAAAAUUAUGGAAAAGCUCUGUACAAAAUUAAAGCGGAUACUACUGUAAACAAAGAAGCUAGGGCACUUCUAACCAACAAUAAAAUUAAAGAACUGCAGAAUUGUUGCACCAAAAUCAUUAAUACAGCUGCUUAUUCGGAUGUGGAAAACUUAAAAUCGAAUUUACAGAAAAGUAUAGACCACGUCUUUGGCAACCAUGCUAUGUGCAGCGACCAGUACUGUACAGAGCAGCAAUCAGAUGCACAUUUGAUGACAUCUGUUAAAAAUACUGGCUUAUACUUUCAUAUAAAUGGUUCUUUACAGAGACUUAUUUCUAAAGGUCACCGCUUAAUUGACAAAGAAACCAAUAAUCGUGCUGAAAUGUACAUGUCAAUUCUAUGUAAAUUUAAUGCGGGCAAGAGGCUAAACCUCUCUGGAAGGGGUAGUUUUAGGUGUCGUUCAGCAAUUUCAGGUCUGCGUUAUAACGAGGGUGUAGAAUGGCAGGAAAAAGAGUGGAGGAGUAUUUUAAAGAGGUCUCCAGGAAAAUAUUUUAAACGAAAUAUAAAACAAAACCAACGGGCUGUGGAACUAAAAUCUAAGCGAAAGCUGGAUUUUGUUUCACAUUACCGAAAAAAAAGACGCAGAGCCAUUAAAAAUAAUACUGAUUAUGGUCCUCACGCUUUACAACCAGCAUUAACAGAAAAUGAGUAUCAGUCGGAACAUUCUAGGAUCCUAAAAACCAUACAAGUAAAUUUCAGAUUUUUAUAUUUUGUAAUGAAAAUAAAUCUAAUGAUAUUUUAGGUGCAACCAGAAGAGAUCCCGGAGAUCGAAAGACAAACCGUAGGUCAAUGGGACAAUGCUCUUUACAGGCAAGUUAAAAGAAAUAGGGUAACAGCUUCCUAUUUCGGAUCUAUUUGCAAAAGAAGGCCUAAUACAAGCUGUAGAAAUUUAAUAAAAACAUUAACUGCGCCCUCUUGGGAUAAUGAAUACACGCUUUAUGGAAAAGAUAAGGAAGAUGUCGCAAGACAAAGAUUUUUGGCAUUGAAUCCUGAAAAAAAAGUACAGAAGUGUGGAAUAUUUAUUGACAAUAUUUACAAUCACCUUGCUGCUACUCCAGAUGGUAAUGUACACAUUCAAUUUCACUACACAUUACACGUUUUCGUAAAUU